GCCAACUUUGCAGCUUCGCACCACCACGUCCCUCUCCGCUCCACCCCCAAUUGCGCCCGCCAUGUUUGUCCAGCGCUCUGCCUUUGCCGUCGCCCGACGAGCUGCCCCCCGCGCCCUCGCCCGCCGCACCUUCACCACCUCCUUCAUCCGCCGCGAUGCGAACAAGGAAGCCGGCCACUCCGCGGACGCUCCUAGCGUCGUAGAGGGCUACAAGAAGCUCGACCAGAUCAAGACCGAGGCCGACCUCCUCCCCCCAGGUGCCAAGCCCGGUACCGUCCCCACCGACCUCGAGCAGGCCACCGGUCUGGAGCGUCUCGAAAUUUUGGGAAAGAUGCAGGGCAUCGACAUCUUCGACAUGAGGCCAUUGGAUGCUAGCCGCGUCGGCACCCCCGAGGACCCCAUUGUUGUCAACUCGGCUGGCAACGAGCAGUACGUCGGCUGCACUGGCUGCCCCGCCGACUCCCACAACGUUCUGUGGAUCACCUUGACCCGCGAGGAGCCCCAGGCCCGCUGCAUGGAGUGCGGCUCGACCUACAAGAUGCACUACGUGGGCCCGGCUGAGGACCCGCACGCGCACGGCCACGACGACCACCACCCCGUGAACCUGCACCCUAGGCCCAAGGACAUGUCGGAUUUCAUCAAGCCCGAGUACCUCCACUCAUAAGCGGGAUGCGAUCAUGUUAUAGAAUCGGCGGUGUAUCUAUAAACUAUGGAGACGUUUCCCGUUACCUCCUGCAACCUUGUAGCAUAGUCAAACUGGAGGCUUUCCUUUGUUCCUAUAUUUGCACUCUGACAUGUGAUGCUCCUACUAAUUGGAUCGUAUGCGAUCCCCCUGGCUCGGUGCAAUUCGUGCCUUGGGCACUUCUUAUAGCAGACGGGAACGCCAAUAUUC